GUGGCUCGCUGCGCCCGUUCAGGUCGCGUGAGAGUCCGCACGCUCGCGCCGCGUUUACGGGAUGCUCACGCGCGCGAACCUGCCGCCCGGGCCGUGAAGAAGAGCUUGAAAAAAGUUUGGUCGUUGUUGUUGCUGUUGCCAGGGAUCUUCUUGUUGCUGUUGUCGCUGUUGUUGUUGUUUUUUAAACCCCUUGUUUGGGUUCGUUUCGUCUCUUCAUGACUGGGAGCGAGUCGCCACCGCCACCACCAUGCGAGCCCAAAUCGAAGUUAUACCAUGCAAAAUCUGUGGAGACAAGUCCUCAGGGAUCCAUUACGGGGUCAUCACGUGCGAGGGGUGUAAGGGUUUCUUCAGGAGGAGUCAACAGAACAAUGCCUCAUACUCCUGCCCUCGCCAGCGCAACUGUCUGAUUGACAGAACCAACCGCAACCGAUGUCAGCACUGCAGACUGCAGAAAUGCCUGGCUCUGGGCAUGUCCCGGGAUGCGGUGAAGUUCGGCCGCAUGUCUAAAAAGCAGCGGGACUCACUGUAUGCGGAGGUGCAGAAGCACCAGCAGCGUCUGCAGGAGCAGCGGCAGCAGCAGCAGACGGGUGAGGCCGAAGCCCUGGCCCGCGUUUACUCCUCUGGACUCUCGUCUGGCCUUGGAAGCCUUGGUCACGACAUUGGCGGCGCGUAUGCCAAUGGCCACCUUAUUGACAUGCCCAAGGGCCAGGCCAACGGCGCCCCGGCCGGAUACUACAGCAUGGACUCCACCCAGCCCAGCCCGGACCAGUCCGGCCUGGACAUGGCCGGCAUGAAGCAGAUCAAGCAGGAACCCAUAUAUGACCUGACUCCCGUGCCCAACCUCUUCCCCUACAGCUCGUACCAGGACAGCCAACUAGCACCAGGAGUUUCCAUGGGGGAGCUGGACCGGAUUGCGCAGAACAUCAUAAAGUCCCACCUGGAGACGUGCCAGUACACGGCCGAGGAGCUUCAGCAGCUCGCCUGGCAGACGCACUCGUACGAGGAGGUCAAGAUGUACCAAAGCAAGUCGCGGGAGGUGCUGUGGCAGCAGUGUGCGAUCCAGAUAACCCACGCCAUUCAGUAUGUGGUGGAGUUUGCCAAGCGCAUCACUGGCUUCAUGGAACUCUGUCAGAAUGACCAGAUACUACUGCUCAAAUCAGGUUGCCUGGAGGUGGUGCUGGUCAGAAUGUGCAGGGCGUUCAAUCCUCUCAACAACACUGUUCUGUUUGAGGGGAAAUACGGAGGCAUGCAGAUGUUUAAAGCACUUGGCUGUGACGAUCUCGUCAGUGCAGUGUUUGACUUUGCGAAGAGUUUGUGCUCAUUGCAGUUGACAGAAGAGGAGAUCGCUCUGUUCUCUGCAGCGGUUCUCAUCUCCACAGAUCGUCCCUGGCUAAUGGAACCAAGGAAAGUACAGAAGCUACAGGAGAAAAUCUACUUUGCUCUCCAGCACAUUAUGCAGAAGAACCAUAUGGAUGAGGACGCGUUGGCCAAGCUUAUUGGUCGAAUCCCCACAUUGGCAGCGCUGUGCACUCUGCAUACGGAGGAAUUGCAGGCCUUCCAGCAGUUACACCCUGAAACGGUCAAUGUGCUUUUCCCCCCGCUUUAUAAGGAGCUCUUCAACCCCGACGCUGCCAGCGUCAUGCCCAAGUGACGUCCACUUCCCUAUACACACCCACAUUCACAGCUAGGACACACCCUCUUUCCGUGAAAGGACAGGAACGCAGUGCGGCUGCCAGCGGGAAAGCUCCCGUGGCUGAGGGGAGGAGCCACCUACACCGUUGGUUACCUCGACAGCAUGCUGAUGAUCAUACAGCGUCCAAGGAACCGUCCAGCAAAAAUAACAACUACUACAGGAAUGUCCUGCAAAAUCCAACUCUGAUUUCACCGAUUCAGUCAAAAGAAUGUAUAUACGUACCCAUUAGAGAGGGUGCACUCCAGGACUGACCAGAAAUGUACAGACUUUAGAGCAAUUUAAGCUGUCUUUUAAUUGGGUAAGUUCGUCUGGGUCUUUGACCUUUUCUUUUUUAUACGACAUUGUAAUAUUGAAAAGGGGAUGAGGGUUGGAUUCAAAGAUGAGAACGUAGCAUUUCCCUAGUUUGGAGCGUAUUCCAGUAUUAAAUCUCCUUCUGUUUAUAUUUUAGGCAUAAUUUAUAAACAGCGGCCCUGAGAGGUCGGUACUUUGUCCAUGUACAUUUUUUUUCCUGUUUUUGUUUUGUAGUUGUACAUAACUUGUGAAAGUUUAGACAAAAUUGUAAAAGUAUACUAGGGGAUGCUUUUUUUUUUUGCUUUUUUUGGUAUGUUUAAAAAGCCUUGUCUGGGCUAUGUAGAUAUGUACAGAUGGUACAACAACAUUAACUUUACAAACUAUGGAACUAUGGAAAUGUAAAGGAUUUUCUAAGAGAAAACAAAAGAAUGGAUUAAUUGUACUUUUUCCAUGAGAAGAUAUAGAGAUAUAUAUUUUGCAAAUGAAUAUGGCUCACCAUCCUGUCAUUCAGCGCUGCAAUAAUGUUGUCCGUAAGCACUAGAUUGCUGUCGAACAAUCAGUCGAGGCGAAGGGAUAUGCGUGGAAGGGCCUUCUAAGGCUAGGGGCUAUUUUAACCUGUCAAUCUUUGUGUGUCCCCAACCCCCGCUCCAAAAAUCUACUGCCAAAAGCCUCUGCUAAGGCACAUGGUAAAAGUUGCUCUACUAUCUAAUUUGAGAUGCAAGAUGAAAUGAGAGAAACAAGGGAAACUAUCGAAAAAAAAUCUAUAGACAUACAUUCAGACACUUUAGCCAUGAGGUAGAUGGUGGGAAAGAAGGAAAGUAUGGGAAGAAUACUUAGAGAAAACUGAAGGUUGCUUCAGAACAGCUUGACUGGCAAACUUGUAAAGCAACAUCAACAGUUUGUAAAUACUUGAGGGGAAUCAAUCAAGCUUAACUUGAAUCUACGUAGAUGUUUUCUAACUCCGAAGCAUAUUCAGAGGCAAUAUGUUUGUUGCAACUCUAAAAGCAAGCUGUGAUAGACAAUCAUUUAGCUUUUGUAUUAUUUAUUGAAAUCCAAUAACACAGCACCGAGCAGGUGGAUAUUUGUUCUUGCGUAGUUUAUUGCAAUACUGAGGCGUCGCUCGCCGCUAUUAUGUGCUGCCAUUGAUCAGAAUUGACCCACAGGCCUCUGUUCUUCUCUCAGGCGAAGGCUGUACUAUGAUGCACAUCCUUCUUCGCCCAUACCUCAGAAAGGUUCGUAAAGAAAAAAAUGUUUCAUGCCACAGCACAUGUUUAGAGCAGAUCUUCUUUACCAUUGUUUCACGUUUGUGUCAGCUAUAAAUCCAUGGUGUAAUAACUUGUGAUAACACCUGAAAGUACUAGUGCAAUUUGUUCUGAUUUGUGAAUGAUGAUGAAGCUGAAGACUCACUUUCUUGAAAACCACCAAUGAGACUGAAAACUGUGACUAAUCAGUUGCUACAGGCUCGGCGAUACAAUAUUAUCACAAUACUUGAGCCGCAGUUCAAUUUUAUUUCCCUAUUUAAAGAUUUGUGAUAUGCAGGAGUGAAAAAUUGGUCUAAUAAGUGGGAGACCAAGGUGGCAAUAUUCAACAUACAGCAAUGUAAACGAAGUACACAUAUAAUUACAGUUAUCAUUUUUUAUUUUACACAAAAACAAGUAUUAUUUCUGAGAAGCUAAUGCUCCAUAUGUGGAUGUUUUUAACGUCAAACUCUUCCCCCCUAAUUUUGCACCAGUGGUGAUAUGCUAAUUGUUGACAAUAUGCAAUAUAUUGUUAUUUUUUUCGCUUUUGACUGAAAACUAUUCCUCCAAACAAAAACUUUAUCUAAUAGAGCAUUCACCUCACUUCAGUCUUUUUAGUCAAAAUUUUGGGAUUGAACCUCAUUCUCCUCAUAAUCCAUCACAUUAUCAGACUGUGCCUAAUGAGAACUCUAUUGACAGAAUCCUUGGUCAGAAAAAAUCGGUGCCCUCUUAUAGAUCAAGACAAGAUGCAAUGAACAUAAUUAAAUAAUCAAACAUUAAUAACUGGGUCUCCAAUUUUGAAUUUCAAACUGCAUCAAUUUUUUCUCCCACCCUUACUAAUCAACCUGAACCUGAUUUUGUUCCCCUGGGUGUUUAGCUUUUGAAGCUGUAGAACAGCAGUCACCAACCCUGCUCCAGAAGAUCUAUCUUCCUUCAGACUUCACCUCUAACUCUAAUCAACCCCACUUGAUCUAUGUAAUUAUUGCCUUCAGAAUUGCUUGAUUAGCUGAAGUAUGUGUGUGAGAUUUAGGUGGAAGGUGAAACCUACAGGAAGGUAGAUCUUCAAGAGGAGGGUAAGUGACCACUGCUUCAGAUUAUAAAGCCACUGAUGGAUUUCAGAGUGGAGUCACAUAAAAAGGCACUGAUGGAUUCAAGAGUGGAGUCACAUAAAAAGCCACAGAUAGAUUUAAGAGUGGAGCCAUAUAUAAAGCCAUUGAUAGAUUUCAAAGUGGAGUCAUCUGAAUUCACAAAUCAGGACUGACAAAAUGCAACAACAACACAAUCACUCAUAUGUGGAAGUUAUUGCACCAUAGAUUUAUAGCUGACAGAACUUGGAAUCACAAGGUUUACCACAGUAUCACCCGUCCAUUUGAGUUGACGCAAAGCGAUAGUAUCAAUUUACAGAUUUUUUGGGAGGGUUGAAGAGCAUCUCUUUAUUUUUUUUCCCAAUAACACAAGUUGUGGGUGGUCACAGGGUGGUCUCAGUGGACAAUCAGUACCGCCUUAUGUGUAGGUAACCUACAUAGGGACUUCCUAAGACACAUCAGCAUUAAAAAGGUAUUUAAAAAGCAAUACUUGAAUAUUUAUAUGUGAUUACUGGCUUGUGGUGUUUUAUUACAUUAAUAACAUUUCCAUUGACAUAAGGGACUUUAAACUAAAGUGAGCCCUUAACACUAUUAUGUACCAAGUAAUGGCACUUAUAAGGCAGAGGCCUAGUUACGAGCACCAACUCUAUGGAAGACUUGAUGCAUACAUCAUAUAUAACUUUUAGUGCAACUUGGAAAUGAUGCUUCCUAACAGUGCUAUAAAUAAAUGUUUUGCACUUUGUUAAGGCUUAAGUCAUGCCUUAUGUCAAUACAAAGUCAUUUACUUCACAAAACACCUUUCAAAAUCUUGCAAUUAAUGACAUAAGCUGCUGCAUCAUAAAUGCCUUAUUUAACACGUAGGCAUGUGUUUUGAAGUCUCUAUGAAGGUAGGCCUUAAAUAAAGCCAGAAUUCCAGCAAGAAACUACACUACAGGAACUAAAGGAUAUAUUUGAAUGCCCAAACUGUCUAUGACAACCACUCGUUCCCUCUGUGUUCUCUCAUUUUUGGUCGAAUGGUUCGAGAAGACCACAAGCUCUCUACUUUCUCCCGUUCAAGACAAUCAUUUCCGGAUGCAGCCUGAAAGCAUCUGUCUCAGGGACUUCAGCUUUCUUAUUUUCAAUAUAGAAAGAGACUCCUAUUUAAAAAGAAAAAACACACUGGGGGAGGGUACAAAUCUUUGGAAUCUUUUGGGGGUUUCUGAAACACUACCUGAAAAUGAGACCUACCCAGACAAGGCUUUGGCAUGUGUGUGUGACCGAGAGAGAGCGUGCAUAUGUUUGCAUAUGUGUGUACAAAAUGUGAAAGGUUAAAUAGUCUGAAUUUUGCAGUCUAAAUUAUUAGUCACUGCUGUGCUUGCGAAAGGCCCCGAAGAGAAGCUGUAUCUGUAUAUAAUGAUCUGCCUCACAAGCACUAGCUAGGGAGAAAGAGAGGUAAAAAAAAUAGAAAACUGUAAUUAUUAUUGCUUCUCCUACAAUGAAACGGAUCUCUAUGUAAGUUAGAUUAUUUAUAGCGUGUACGCUGAAUAAGCUCCCUAUCCAUUUCCACGCUUGUCGAAGACGGUGAAUCUGGUGGGGGAAAAAAAUAAUGUUCUACUGAAGAUGAAGAUGAAGGAUUUUUUUUUGUGGUUUAGACUGUGAAUUGAGGCCGGGAGGGGUCAACACUGUUUAGGUACUUUAGCAAUAACCUAAUGCAUUUACUACUGUCAUGUUUGCAUUGUAAGAUUUUAUUUUUUAUUCGGUUAUUAUUCGAAUUAUUAUUAUAUUACUACUAGCCUAUUGUUGUUCAGUUAUCCUUGCAUGCUGUUUCACGACGAUGAAAAAAAAAACGGUGGGCUUUUUUGUGUUUUGAUCAUGUGAUA